AUGCCGUCAGCGUCAGCUUCGAGAGACGCUGUCUCAGAUGCCAAGUCAACCACGAGGAAUGCUCACGAUGACACCCAACAUGUAGGUAUGUCUCAAUCGGCCAAGAGCAAAGGAAAGCAGCGCGACCCUCCGCCAUCCCUCUUCCUUCAUCCAUCCCCCGCCGCCUCUCAUGCCUCGCUACCAGGCAUUCUUGCGCCGGGAGCGCCAGCGACAUCGUCCGCAGGCAUCUCACCUCUACCUCAGCCACCCUUGAACAUGCAACGUAACGGAUCUUUUCAUACCGGCUCGGUAGUCACGCCGUCCGUCGCUCGUCCUUCCCGGAAUAUCAAGACGGCCGAGAGCACCCGGAGCGCUGACAGAACCGACGCAUUAUGGGCGGAGAUGCAAGCGACGCUCGAGGAGGUGGAACUGUCUGCGUCAGGCGGAACUCACGUCUUUGGUCCGGACCACGACCGCAAACUGGAGGAGCUCAGAGCAGCUCAGAUUGCCCUGGCUCAGGCUUGGGCUCGAAGUGAGGCGGACGAGGCCAUCGAGAUGACGGGCCAGCGUUCAACUUUGUCAGCAGCCGGGGAGGAAGUUCGCAAUCUCACGGGCGCGGUUCUGGGAGAGGCGGGUGUGGCACCAGACAACAAUGAGGGUCCACGGAGUACAGGAAGCAGCAGUGGCCGUCCGGGCAGUAGUGGAGGAACCGAACGCCUCGGGGCCAAGCUUGAGCAAGAGACCGAGGUAGACAUUCUGCUGGCACGGAAGAGGCGGGAGGCCAAUGACCGGUAUUUCCAACGGGUAAAUCAAGGCGUUCUUGACGUUGUUGCGAAACUUGAGGACGUUGCUGUUGCGAUGCGAGCUGUGGAACAAGAAACUAAGGACAUCUGGGGCGAGAACGACAGCAUGGCAGGCAGUGCGAAGGGAUAG